GUAGAUAUCGAAAACGUAUUGAAAAUGUCUGUCAAGAAGAAAGAGUUUCAAAAAUUGCCCGUGGAUAUUUGUCCGUUCCAUUAUGAAAUCUCAUUGGAACCCGAUUUAACCAAAUUUACUUGUGAAGGAGAAGUAAAUAUACAUGUUGAUGUGAAGAAUUCGACAAAUGUUGUUGUUUUAAAUUCAGUUGAUAUUGAGUUUAAAUCGAUUAAUUUUCAUACACUUGAAGGAAAAUUAAUUUCCUCAAAGAACAUAUCAGUUGACAAUGAAGAAGAAACGGUUACAAUUGAAUUUAUGGAAAAACUUGCACCGGGACGUUCAGGUUAUUUAGGUAUCAAAUAUCAAGGAAUAAUUAAAGAUAAUAUGAAAGGACUAUACCGAAGUAAAUAUACUGGAAUUAAUGGUGAAAGUAAAUAUGCAGCAGUUACACAAUUUGAAUCAUCAGAUGCAAGACGUUGCUUUCCUUGUUGGGAUGAACCAGCGCAUAAAUGUACUUUUGAUAUAACAUUAAAAGUGUCUAUUGGUCUCACAGCAUUGUCAAAUAUGCCCAUUAAGUCGAGAACAAAUAUUAAUUCAUCAUUGGAAAAAUUGGAAUUCGAAACAACGCCAAAAAUGUCAACUUAUCUUGUAGCUGUUGUAAUUGGAGAAUUUGAUUAUGUGGAAAAUAAAACUAGUGAUGGAGUUGUUGUUAGAGUUUACACGCCAAUAGGAAAGAAAGAACAAGGUGAAUUUGCUCUUGAAGUUGCGACAAAAGUUCUUCCCUACUAUCAUAAUUACUUUGGAAUAUCGUAUCCACUGCCAAAAAUGGAUUUAAUAGCUAUUGCUGAUUUCUCAUCGGGCGCCAUGGAAAAUUGGGGACUGGUAACUUAUAGAGAAACAUGUUUAUUAGUCGAUCCACAAAAUACAUCAACUGUGAGAAAACAAUACAUAGCUUUGGUCGUUGGUCAUGAAUUGGCUCAUCAAUGGUUUGGUAAUCUUGUAACAAUGGAAUGGUGGGAUGAUUUAUGGUUAAAUGAAGGUUAUGCAUCAUUUGUUGAAUUUCUAUGUACCGAAUUUCUAUUUCCUGAAUAUGACAUUUGGACACAAUUUGUAACUGAUAUUCACACUAGAGCCUUAGAAUUAGAUGCUCUCAGAAAUAGUCAUCCAAUUCAAGUUCCAGUUGGUCAUCCAUCCGAAAUUGAUGAAAUAUUCGAUGAUAUUUCUUACUGUAAAGGCGCAAGUGUUAUAAGAAUGUUACAUUCAUAUAUUGGCGAUGAUGAUUUUAGAAAAGGUAUGAAAUCAUAUUUGACGAAAUAUUCUUACGCUAAUGCAAAAACAGAUGAUUUGUGGUCAUCAUUAGAAGAAGUUGCCAAUAAACCAGUUCGUUCUGUUAUGCCAACAUGGACUAAACAACAAGGUUUUCCUCUAGUUCAAGUUGAACAACGUCGAGAAGAAAAUAAUGUUAUUGUGACAUUCCGACAAAAAAGAUUUCUCCCUGAUAAUUUAAUGGGAGAUGAUGCGGAAAAUUAUUUAUGGAGUAUUCCAUUGAGAGUGAGUACUGCUCAAAAUCCUGAUAAAUUAUUAGAUAAUAUAUUAUUAAGUGAAGAGACACAACAACUUGUAAUUAAAGAUGUGCCAAAAGAAACGUGGAUUAAAAUAAAUACAGGAACAAUAGGUUUUUACAGAACUGUUUAUAGUUCCGAUAUGCUUCAACUUUUUCAACCGGCAAUUAAAAAUCGUACAUUACAACCACUCGAUAGGUUAGGUCUUCUUGAUGAUUUAUUUGCUAUUACACAAGCUGGCCAUAAUGAAAUAUCCACAACCAAUGUACUUGAACUUAUGCAAGCUUUUCAAUUUGAAGAUAAUUAUACCGUUUGGUGUACAAUUCUCAAUUGUUUGACUAAAAUAGGUCAAUUAAUUUCGCAUUUAAAUAAUCUUGACAGUGCAUUUAAAGCCUUUGGUCGUUCUUUAUUACGAGAUAUUAGCGCGAAAUUAGGAUGGGAGGCAAAAACAAAUAAUGAAAGUCAUUUGGAUACACUGUUGAGACCGCGCAUUUUGGGAAAAUUAGUUUCAUUAGGAGAUGAAGAUACAAUUUGUGAGGCGAAAAAAAGAUUUGCUUUACAUAUUACGGGGGAAAAAAUUGUACCAGCCGAUUUACGUAGUGUUGUUUAUCGAGCUGUUUUGUCAACAUGCACAUCAGUUGAUGGUGAUAAUGAAAUUUUUGAAACAAUGCUUAAAUUAUAUCGCGAAAGUGAUUUACAUGAAGAGAAAGAUAGAAUAUUGGCAGCACUUGGUGCAGUGAAAGAUGAAAAAUUAUUGGCUAGAGUAUUAAAAUUUUCAAUGGGCGAUGAGGUACGUGCACAGGAUUCUGUAUUUGGAAUUACAUCAGUAACAAUGACUUAUCAAGGUCGUAUGUUGGCUUGGGAAUUUUUAAAAGAAAAAUGGGAUAUAUUAUUGGAUCGUUAUAAAGGUAGUUAUUUAUUAACACGUUUAGUGAAAUCAAUUACGGAAAAUUUUGUAACCAAUGAAAAAGCAGAAGAAAUUGAACAAUUUUUUGAUAAACAACAAAAAACUGCCGUUGAGCGUACCGUUCAACAAAGUGUCGAAAGUAUUCGUUUAAAUGCUGCCUGGCUAACACGCGACAUGGAAAAAAUACAAGAAUUUUUAAAAUCUAAUGCAGCAUGAAAAAUCUAACAUUUGUACCAUAUCCGCAUAAUAUAUACCAAUGUACUUUGCAAAAUGUUUACACAAAAAAAAUGGGCCACGGAUAAAAUAAAUAAAAAAAAAAAUUAGAACAAAGUUUUUUUAUUCAGCAUUUAAAAAAUGUCCCACGCGCAUCUUUUUUUCAUGUAUUUAUUGAUGCGCAGAACUCAAUAAGAAUUGCAUUUUAUUUAAUUAUUAUAAUAAUAAAAAACAUUACUAAUAAAUAAAAACUAUACUAUAGAAAAUAAUAUAAUAAAAAUUAAGAACAAAAAUUUCGAAAAUUAUAUGAAUAUUAUGAGAGAAAAAAAAUACAUGGUUCUUCUGAUUCAAUACAAUUGCGCAUUGGAUCAAUAUAUGAUGUUUACAAAUUUAAUAUCGAAAAAAAUGACACAUUUGAAGGAAAUAAUAUAAAACUUUAGAUGACAUUUUUUUUUAGAUAUAUUUUUAUUCUAUAAGAAUUUUUGCGACAUAUAUACAGUGUAAAAAUAUUUUUCAAAAUAUUAAAAAAAAACAA